AAAUGACAGGAAAUAGAAGUCUGGGAAGAGAACUGAGAACAAGAAGGCACCUUAUGUGGAAGCCAGCUGAAGGCUUUAGCUCAUUUGGUAAACAAGGGACCAAGCCAGGUCUCCUGCUCAACUUUUUAUAAAGCUGAACCCAGCCCAGCCCUUCUGGGAUGUGGCUUUCUGAGCGGUGAAAAGGCCUUUCGGGGAAGGUGCUCGCUCACAGUUUGAAAGCAGCCAUGGCGCAGACAGGAUUUCUGAUUUUCCUUCUGGUUGUUGCCCUGCUUUUGCUGGAUCAGGCGACUGGACAAUCGAAAGCCAGGAAGCACAGCAAGCGGAGGGUGAAAGAGAAAGAUGGUGACCUAAAGAGUCAAAUUGACAAGCUUUGGCAAGAGGUCAACUCCCUGAAAGAAAUGCAAGCACUUCAGACAGUCUGUCUUCGUGGAACAAAAGUCCACAAGAAAUGCUACCUGGCGUCUGAUGGUGCCAAACAUUUCCAUGAAGCCAAUGAAGACUGUAUAGCCAAGGGAGGCACUCUUGCUAUCCCUAGAGAUGGUGAUGAAACGAAUACACUCCGAGACUACGGCAAAAAGAGCCUGCCGGGUGUGGCAGAUUUUUGGCUGGGUGUCACUGAUAUGGUCAACGAGGGGAAGUUUGUUGAUGUCAAUGGAAUGGUUCUGAACUACUUCAACUGGGACCGCUCACAACCCAACGGAGGGAAACGUGAAAAUUGUGUCUCACUUUCUCAGUCAGCUCAAGGAAAGUGGGCAGAUGAAGUCUGCCGUACUCUCAAACGAUACAUUUGUGAAUUCCUCAUCCCUUAAUUGUAUUUGCAGCCAGGGCUGCCUCCAAUGUUGCUUUGAAAAGACACAGAUGUUAGGCUUGCAAUCACCCAUGUUCACAAUAAACCAGUUAAAAUGCUACUCGUAGGCAAUGGCCGAAUUCACCCACAGAUGUUCUCAUAAGCUUCCCAGACCACCAAUGGCCAGGAGCCAGGCUGGAGCUCUGCUCCUUUGAGCUGCUGUAAUAGUCUUAAGAAAAUGGUUGGCCUUGAAGGCCCAAGUAGCUUCAUUGGGUCUUGGUCUUGCUUCACUGCCCUUUCCUGUUGCAUCGUAACAGGCAUGCACAACUUGGGUGCCUAUUUAUUGUGGUUGCCACUUGCCAGGUAUGUGACCAUCUUCUGCUUUGGCAAUCUCAGGAAGGUGCCAAACCAAGAUUUCACUAAAUAGGCCAUCAUACAUAGUGGGACCCAAGGCAUAUAGAACUUCCCCUUUUAACCUCCCAUGCUCUGCUCACAGUCCCCAAUCUUCAUUCUGUCCCUGCUUGCUCCCAUUUUGCUUUCUAUAUCUGCAAACCUUCCUUGGCUCCACCCAUCUUCCUGCUUGAUUCCCUCUGUCCUGUAUGAGCUGCCUUUGGAGAACUGACUCCAAUUGGCCACUCUUACCUGCAAUUUGUCAUUAGAACACCCCCAUCUCAGUUUGAUAGCUAAAACUUCUUUAACUUAUCAGAGAUCUAAAUUUCUUUUCAAUUCCCCAAGAGUCUGCAAAAGACACAGGGUCCUUAUAAAACUAUGCAUGAGAAGGUAAUAGAUACUUUAAUAGCAGGGGAACGCUAGUCAUUUUGUGGCUUCUACACUGGCUGGAUGAUGUGUAGUCUAAUCUUCUACCUGUUUACUUAGAAGUAGGUCCCAAGUAAGAUAAUAAUAGAUUGCAGAAUCUGAUUUUGGAUGCCUGUUCUGGUCUUUCUGAGUCUCAACACUUGAUAUUAUUGCUUGCUGACACAUGUAUUACUCUUAUAGAUAAAAAGGUGCAAGCACCGAGUCAUUACUGACCCAUGGGGUGACAUCACAUCAUGAUGUUUUUUGGCAGAGUUUUUAUGGGGUGGUUUGCUAUUGCCUUCCCCAGUCAUAUAAUACAUGAGUCCAACUAUGAGGUCCCUAUCUUUUGAUAGUAACAAUCCAAGCAGCUAUUAGCCACAAACUGUGAUCAAUACACUCCUGUUGAUAUUCUCAUCCAUCUACUAAAAUACACAGCUCUCCCAAUGCAAGUCCACCUCUCCUUAAAGCAGGUAAUUUCUGUAUCAAUUUGUUUCCCAUGCAGUUGGUGAAGGUUGCUGUGAUAAGAGCUGUACACUGCAAGAACAAUCAAUGUUCUGUUCUGAAAACAGUUAAAGUCAUUGACACAGCUAAUAUUAUUAGAAUCCAUGUUAGGGUUUGUUAUGUAUCUGCUUUUUAAUACUAAAAGUAAUUAUCUGAAUUAAACUAUAGUCCCAUUUCCAGGAUUGCUGUCUAAUUUCUACAGUCUGCUUAGUUUCCUAAACAUUAGGUGUUUAAUGUAAAAGGCUUCCAGGAUAUUCAGCUGAGCAGCCAUCAGUAAGGUCCCUGUAAUCCUGCUAUUCUUAUUGGAUAGUUUAUUCAUUGACUAAAAAGAAAUAAAAUAAAGCAUUAAGUAUAA